CCGUUUUCGCAAUUUCAAACCUCGCAUAAACGUACAAGCGCUGCCAAACAUUUAGAUAGUUGCCAGCCCUAUUCCUUCGUCAUUGUUAUGGCAACAACAGGAUGCCAUGCUAAACAAAUUUAUUGACAUGAGAAAAUAGUAUAGUUCCGUAUUGAUGUUCGUAGUUUGUACGAGUUCCGGUGCAAAAAUUAUCGGCCAACCUUAGCUGGCCCUAUACAAAUUCUCGAGAGACUAUUCUAUCUGUGGGCAGGGGCAAACCGGCUACAGCACUGCAGUCGCGAGAUGUUCAAGAACACCUUCCAAUCGGGAUUCCUAUCGAUCCUGUACAGUAUUGGCUCGAAGCCGCUGCAGCUGUGGGACAAGAAGGUGCGCAAUGGGCAUAUCAAGCGGAUCACCGACAACGACAUACAGAGCCUCGUCCUCGAAAUAGUCGGCACCAACGUCAGCACCACGUUUAUAACGUGCCCGGCAGAUCCGAAGAAGACGCUGGGCAUCAAACUGCCCUUCCUGGUGAUGAUCAUCAAGAACAUGAAGAAGUACUUCACCUUCGAAGUUCAGGUUCUGGAUGACAAAAACGUGCGGCGAAGGUUCAGGGCCAGCAACUACCAGUCGACAACUCGUGUCAAGCCGUUUAUUUGCACCAUGCCCAUGCGAUUGGACGAGGGAUGGAACCAGAUUCAGUUCAACUUGUCCGACUUCACCCGUCGCGCCUACGGCACGAACUAUGUGGAGACACUCCGUGUACAGAUCCAUGCGAACUGCCGCAUCAGACGCGUCUACUUCUCCGACCGCCUCUACUCGGAGGACGAGCUGCCGCCGGAGUUCAAGCUCUUCCUCCCCAUUCAGAAGCCGGUGCAAAAGUCAAACGCCAUUUGUAGCUAGAUGCUGAGCGCUUCUGCAACCAAUUAGAGCACCUAACCCUUCGGAGGCGACGCUUACAACGGCACAAACUGCACAAGACUGCCAUCCAGCACACUCAUUCAACACUUUAUGGGAAUCACGAAUAAAAAUUCAUCAUGUACAUAAAGCGA